UUGAGAAUGUAUGAUGAUACUUAAAUGGUUUGAUUGUUUAUAGGAUAAGAUAAAUUCAGAUGGUAGUUUUCAGGCGGCUGUGACAGCAAGAGCAUGAAUAAGCUGGGUGAAGGUCAGGGAGGUGUACGGGAUGUUGUUUGAAAAAGUUUUCGCUGAAGCUGAAAGGAAUGGUUCGUCUGAUUUUUGUGAGCUCGACCAUGUUUGGUGAAAUGCAUAGAGAUGACGGUCCGAUAGAAAAUAAAAUGUCAGUUAUGAGAAAAACAGGGAAAAUAAUGAUGACAGCAAUGUGUGGUGUGUUUUGUAUGCUGAAAAACAAAGAACAGAGAGUUUGAUGAAAAUCCUAAAUAAAAGAAUGGAUAAUAUUGCAAAUGCGAACGGAAAAUGAUUAUGGCUUAAGCAUGUGUGUUUAGGAAGGAUAGUGGUAAAUUUAAAGCAAAGCUUUGUAGUUUAAGGUGAAGGGCGAGAGAAAGAAAGGACGAAGAAGCAAGACGUUGAUGAAGAUAGAGGUGAUGGAGUGUAGAGCGUUCGUCCAAAGAAGGCGGAUGCCAUGAGUAAAGUCGGAUGAGAAGUUGAGUUGAAGACAUUAUUACCAAAGUAAGAUAAAUCUGGUCAUAAACCAUCCAUAUUACGGAGAUAAACACAGAUUAAAAAUGAUGAGAGAAGAUAAAAAUGACUUUAUAAUCAUAGUUUAUACAGUUAAUAUAUAUAUAUAUUGCCAUUAAACAUUCUGAACGUGUGUCUAUAAUCCGUCUCCCCCCUUCUUCAUUAAAUUUUGAGAAUUUCUCCAGGGGGAGAAGGGCUUGCAUUUGUAAAUGGCCGCCGAAAAUAAACUUUUAUCAAAAUUUAGCGUUCUCCCCGUUCAUAAAUUUGACCGAGAAUGCCCGUAUUUCAGGCAGCCAAGAGAGCUAGGCUUUUUUUCUUUGGAUGAAAAACGGCAGUUUCUUGACAAUAAUUGUAAACUCCGGCUAUACGACCCUCGAAAUAUCAAUUUUGACUUGAGAGUUGGAUAUAAAGAUUUCAUACGACGAGAUGAAGAAAAGAAAGACAGACUGGAUGAUUUGUUAACUUGGAUCAAUAAACAUCGGGAGAAGUUUCUCGUAGAAGGAGAAAGAGAUUCUGACAGGCUUUAUACAGAUUUUGUGACAUGGCGAGGUCAUGUGACAAAACUUCUCUGCACUCCGUACGAGUAUAAAGAAUCAUGGCAAAUGGCGUUGUCUCGUCACAAAGGAACAAUUUACCUCAGUGAGGUAGAAACAUGGCAGGCUCGUGAGCGUAGAUUAAACCAAUCAGCUCGACAAGAUGAGAUGUGUUAUUGGGGCUACAAAUUUGAGGAUUACGUUACAUGUCCAAUUGACAAAAAUCAACUGAAAAACAUUGAUGAACCCAUAAACAACAAAGAAGCCUUUUGCUCUGUGAUGCGUUGUCGACUUGAUAGGCACUCAAUUGUUUUUGGUGCCGAGGUGGAUUGUUGUUUGAAAGCACCGUCCAAUCCUCCAUUGAACUACAUUGAGCUAAAGACAAGUCGAUUGAUUGAAAAUAAUAAAAUGCAAAGGUCAUUUGAGCGUUACAAGCUCUUGAAAUGGUGGGGGCAGUCCUUCCUAGCUGGUGUUCCUAGGAUUAUCUGUGGAUUUCGUGAUGAUUAUGGUGUGGUGAAGAAACUGCAGAGUUUCAAAACUUUAGAAAUUCCUCAUUUGGUAUCUCAAAGUUAUGACAUGUGGACAGGUAAUGUAUGUUUAAACUUUACAAAUGAGAUGCUUGGUUGGAUGAAGUCUUUUGUAGUCGAUGAAAAUGUCAUUUACAUGUUGCAUUGGCGAGAACCUUUCACUCAUGUUGAACUUGAAAUAUCGAGAAAUGAAAGAGAUGAAUUUUUACCUGACUGGUAUAUUACAAAAUAAAAUUUAAACAUGUGUUGUCUUAACAUAAGCGUACAGGCAGGGGGGGGGGACAGUAGCCUCCCAAAUAACAAACAACAAACAUAACAAACUUUUAAAUAACAAACCUUUGGGAAGCAUUAGGAAGGUGGUUUUACACUUAGUAGAAAAAAAGAUGUCAGCUUAUUCAACCAAUGCCACAGUGCAAAACCACAUUAAAUGGCUCGUUUACCCCCCUCCCAAAGGGCACAGUUCAAACAAGAACUAUUACAAAGCAUGAAACAGAAAAUUUUUAUUCGGUGUUCAUAUACAAUCUCAAGUUAUGUUCCCAUUGUUUCUCGUGAUUUUUUUGUUUAAUAUAUUUUUGUUUCCAGCUAA